AUGUUCGAUUCAAUUUAUGAGGAAAGUAUUCUCUGGGGAAGCCCAGAAAAGCAGACAAAAAUACAAGAAGCCAAGCUUGCUAUCUUAUCUCCACUAAAUGAAUCCUCAAAAAAAUUAAUUGAAAACGGAUAUCUUUAUAUGAAUAAAAAAACGAAAUUACUGAUGUUAGAAAGGAUUCUUAUGAUAUAUUCGAACAUCGAUAUUGAUUAUCAGCAAAGAUUAAUCGCAGGAAAAUUACUUGAAUCAAUAUCUGAAAAUAAAGAAAACAAACUCGAGCCAAUAUUAAUUGAAAACGCACCAGGAGCUAUAUUAGAAGCGUUUCAACUUAUAGAUCCUGUUCUAGCUCAAUAUGGAAUUGACUUUUUAUCAAAUCAAGUUAAACUCUCUCAGCAAAUGUUUCUUGUUAUAUAUUCUUCGAAUCUCAUCUCAGAAUACUUUGUCAAAAUUGCAGAAUCAAUAGACCUUUCCAAAUUUUUAUCUGCGAUUACAAAUUGGCUUCCUCAAGAUGUAGAAGCGGCAAGCAUCAUUCAAUGGUGUUUCAGUUGUAUUCUUCAACAAGUCAAAGGAAAUCCCAAAUAUGCCUUCGAUACCCUUUCAAAUUUGUUUAGAGAAGGAAUUGAAUGCGAAUUACCAGAUGAUAUACACCAUAUGAUAUCGGAAUUAAUUAUAACAGAUGAUCAAGCACUACAGGAGAGCAUUUUCAAGUUCUUUGUCGUUUCAAAAUAUCCAAUUCAUAAUAUUCAUCAAUUAAUAAUAGAUAGUAUAAUGCAGAAGAAAUCUGCAGCUGCUUUUCGUUUACUUUUAUCUAAUUUUGACGAGUUUUUCGAGCGUCAUAAAGAAUUAAUUCCAAGAAUCUUAUUACACGUGAUAAAUGAAUACCCAUUUGAGUUACAACGCAUCGCUACAGCUAUUCUGUUCAAGUACGAACUCAAAAAUGUAAUUCCUUUAUCACAAGUUCUUGAUAUUUUAUUACAUUUUUUAGACGAUCAAGAAUCAUUAGUUCCAAUUGUCCCUGCAAUUGUUUCUCUUAUUCUUUCAUGUAACGAUGAUGAAAUUUUGCUUGAACUCGUCACAAAACUGAAAGAACACUCUGAUUCAAUUGAAAAUCUCACAAAAUCACCAAACGAAGACGUUUCUGCUCUUGGAUCUCUUUUAACCGAACUUAUUUCUUCUGUUAAAGAAUAA